AUGAUCUCCGCACUUCUACCUCACUUUUUAAUGGUUGACUUCAACCUAUCUCUUUCAGAGCAGCGGACUCGCUCAGCAGCGCGCGCCUUCGCAGCUGCACAUCUUGCGCCCGCGAAGGAAACAUACGCAACGCUUCCAACGCAAGAGGAUCGUUUUCGCUCGCUUAAACCAAUCUACGAGGCCGCAGUGGGAGCUGGCCUUAUAAAAGGACAGAUCCCCGCCGCCGUAGGUGGGGGCAGCAAGAGCCUUGUUGAAGCGGCGAUACUAGUCGAGGAGUUCUAUGCCGUCGAGGCAUCGGCAUCUCUGACGAUCUUCGGGACAGGACUAGGAUUGACACCGUUGGCACUGGCGUAUAGGCCAGAAAUAAAAGAGUUUCUGGACCCAUUUCUUUCGGGAACUGGGGCGCCGUUGGCAUCAUUGGUCUUUUCAGAGCCCGGUGGAGUGGCGAACUGGCUUGAGCCUGGGGCGCCGGGGUUGCAGACGACUGCGUAUCGCGAUGGAGAUGAAUGGGUGCUAAAUGGGGAGAAGAUGUGGGCCACCAGCUCUGCGGGCUGGGAUUACAAGGGCCCGGACCUGAGCUGCGUUGUCUGUCGAUGUGUCAAUGAAGACAUCGUGAAGCGGGCAUUUUCUCCACGCGACGUUAUCAUGGUCUUGCUCGUGACUCGUAAUGAUAUUGAGCGCAGCGGGCCAGAAAGCUUUCGGGUUGUCAAGGAUAUUGAGACCGCCGGGCACAAGGCGGUUUCUGGGCCGCAUAUCAAGUAUACGAAUAUACGCGUCCCUGCAAAGAAUGUCCUCUGCACUCCUGGAACUGGAGCCGAGAUUAUCACUCACACCUUCGAGAUAUCCGAGACAGCCAUGCUUGUCGGCGCCAUGGGCGUAGGAAUCCAGCGAGCCGUCUUCGAUGCGGCACUAGCAUUUUCGCGGCAUACUAGAGGGGGCACAGUCCCUAUCGGCCAACGUCAGUCUGUUGGCGAUCUGCUGAUCAACAUCAAAACGCGCACUGAGACCUCGCGGUUUCUCACCUGGAAGGCAGCGCACUGUCUUAUUUCAGGACCAGGAGAACAUUCCGAGCGCCGCGAACACGCACUCCUGGCCAAGGUCCAUUGCGCCGAAGCGGCGGUGCAGUCUUGUCUGGAUGCAAUCAAUGCUGUUGGAGUGUCUGCGUAUGAUUCAGGGCUUCCCUUCCCGGACUUGCUCUCUACAGCGUUGGUUUUGCCGAUCUUCGACGGCGGCAAUGUUGGAAUGCGCAGGCGGGCGUUGCAGGAGCUGAUCAUGGCGGACGGUUAUCAGCCGUGGAUGGCGAGCUUUGGAGCUGAAUCUGGGCAGCAGUGAGCGUGUAGAUUCAAGCCAACAAUAUGAUAUAUUGAUUCUCUCAA